AUGGGAGAAAAACUAGAAGGAAAACCAAAGGCUCUGACUUUGAAGAAGGAGAGAAUCCGGUCUUUGACCUGUGGUGCAUCCCAUAUUGUCCUGGUUUCAGAGAGGAGCACUGUUUUCCAGCUGAACUGCGACGAAACACCCAGUAUACCCAGGCCGUGCAUAAAAGACAGACAGGUGAUACAGGUUGCCUGUGGGGACCACCAUACCAUUGCACUCUCAAAAGAGGGAGAAGUGUUCACAUGGGGAAGCAACUCCAAUGGCCAGCUGGGAUUGGACCAUGUGGUGUCCAGCCCCCUGACCCCCCGGCACGUCACUCUCCUGUCAGGGAUGCCCCUGUCCCAGAUCAGUGCUGGAGGGGACCAGAGCUUUGCCCUGUCUUCUUCAGGAGCUGUGUUUGGCUGGGGCAAAAACAACACAGGACAGCUGGGUCUGGGGGAUAUGGAAGACAGAUAUUGUCCAACCCCUGUGGAUAGCCUAAAUCUAAAAAGAACUGUUUCCAUUUCGUGCGGAGAGGAGCAUACUGCCAUUCUGAACAAGGGAGGCUUGGUAUUCACCUUUGGGUCGGGACGUUACGGGCAGCUUGGGCACAAUUCGAACAGAAAUGAGCUGCGGCCUCGGCUGGUAGCUGAGCUCUGGGGGUCGAGAGUGACCCAGUUAGCCUGUGGACGGCACCACACACUUGCUUAUGUUUCAUUCUCAAACACGAUCUACUCAUUUGGACGUGGAGAACAAAGGCAGCUGGGAAAUGGACAGACCAGUAAUCAGAAUGUCCCCCUUCCUGUUCAGUUGUCUCCAGAGGUGGACAGAGGUGUGACCAUUAUUGCUGGGGGAAACCAGUCAUUUGUUAUGACAUCCCCUGGUCAGAUUGGAUCAGUGGUCCAGAAUAGGCUGAUUCCCUCUCUGCGGCUAUUGCCUGCUAAUGUGGAAGCCUUGAGAGUCUACUUGAUCCUACCUGAGCUCCUGAGGGUCCUACAGACACCGCAGAGAGAGCUCCUCAUUGUAGAUUUUGCUGACUCGAUUGUCAAACUGCGUCCACUCCAUCUUGAGAUCCUUGAGGGCUUAUGGUUCAGACUCCCAGACACCUUCUUCAAGACCGUGGUGAAGGUUUUUCACUCAGUGUCCACCUGGUACCUCCACCAGAUAAGAACAGAGUACACAGAUCACUGGGCAUUGGUGAAGACUGUGCAAGUCUUAGAGAAGCUCUACAAGGUUAACCACAGAGCUGGAAGGAAGAUAGACGACAGUAACUUCUACAUCAGUGAGGUGAAACGCUUCAUUCCAUUGGUGAAGUUUGAAGAGGAGGAUGGUAUCGAUGAGGGAGGUGUGUCUCAGGAGUUCUUCUCUGUCAUUGCAAAAAAACUCUCUUUGGAGCUGAGGGUGUUUCAGUUAUUUGAAGAAUCCAGACUUGUCUGGUUCACUCCAGAGGGUCACUGUGAACAUGACACAUUCUACUUGCUUGGCAUUCUCUGUGGAAUGGCUCUGUACAACUUCUGUGUGGUGAAUUUCCACUUCCCCCUGGCACUCUUUAAGAAACUACUGGGUUUUACCGCAACCCUGGAAGACCUGGAAGAACUUUCUCCCACUGAAGCCAGGAGCUUGCAAAAGGUGCUAGAUGAAGAUGAUGAAGAUGUUGUGGAAGAUCUAUAUUUGGAUUUCACAGUCAAAGGUCAAGAAAUAAUGCCAGGUGGGAAGGAGAAACCAGUAACCAAAAGCAACAGGCAGCAGUAUGUGGACGCAUACGUUGAUUUUGUGUUCAACAAGUCAGUCAGCGGACAGUUCGAGAAGUUUUUCAAAGGAUUUUCAAAAGGCUGCCCGAAUGAGAAGUGGAGAAUGUUCCUCCCUGAAGAGCUCAUGGCCCUGCUCACUGGAAACGUCGACUACGAGUGGGGGGAGCUGAAGAAGAACGCCAAAUACGUGGGAUACAGAGCCACAGACCCAAACAUCCAAAAUUUCUGGACUGUUUUCGAUGAACUGUCUGAGGAGCAAAAGAAACACUUCCUGUCCUUCAUGACAGGAUGUGACCGGCUUCCUGUUGGGGGGCUGUCCAAAAUGCGGAUGACCAUUGUGGACCCAAACAAGGACAAUCCAGACAGGUACUAUCCAGUGGCGAGCACCUGUUUUUACAUGUUAUGCCUCCCAAAUUACAGCAGCAUCAACGUUCUGAGAGAGAAGUUUAUGCAUGCCAUCACCUUCUACGAAGCAUUCGGAGAGCUGUAA